AUAAAAAAGGCUCUAGACCUAGGUUGAGACGGCCCUAACGAGUUCUUCAUUCGUAAUAAAAUGUCUGAAAAUAUCUAAAUUUUUAAAUUAAAUAAAAAAAUGGCAUUAAUCUCUUCGUUGUCAUUUGUCUCUCACAACCUCAUCACCACCACCACUCCCACAUUUUCACAAUUCCAAUCUGCCAAAUAUAGAAAACCAAUACGCCACCACAUUAGUAAAAUUGCAUGCAGUGAAAACACACUCGAAGGAGAAAAGCUCCCACAUCGGAGGAACGUUCUACUUGGCCUAGGAGGAUUUUGCGGCGCUGCUGUUAUGUCUCUGAACAACAAGAACAUACCUUUUGCCUCUGCUGCUCCCACACCCAUGUUCCCUCUGGUGUUGGAUUCCGCUGUGAGCACGGUGGUGAAGAGGCCAAGCAAGUCGAGGAGCAAGAAGCAGAAGGAAGAGGAGGAGGAGGUUCUCGUGAUUGAAGGGAUCGAGUUUGAGGGAAACACACAUGCCAAGUUCGAUGUCAUCAUUAACGCCGAUGAUUAUAACGAAAUCCGCCCCGAUCACACCGAGUUUGCAGGAAGCUUUGCGAGUCUGCCUCACUCAAAUAACAAAAAGAUCGUUACUUCCAUGAGUCUGGGAUUAACGGAUUUGUUGGAAGAUUUGGGCGCUGACGAUGAUGACAGUGUUGUCGUCACGCUCGUUCCCAGGGAUGGACGUGUCAAAAUCAGAGCCAUCAAGACACGGCUUCUUGCAGAGUGAAGGAAAUACUUAUGCAUAUAAAUAAAUUUGUGGGGUGUAAUACUUGUAUUAUAGGUUAAUUUUGUUACUGCUUUUUAAAUUAUGGAGACAAUUUAUAAUUGUGCUUGUAUUUUAUAUUAAGAAAAAUUUAAAAGCUUGUGAGGUCAGUUGUCCCAAAAUUCACCAAGUACCUAAUCUUAUUUGUGUUGGAGAAACAUAUGUUGAAGUAUUGGUUAAUAUUGGUUCAGUAUUACUGUAUUAGUUCUGGUUUAGGUUCAGGGCAGAUUUUGGUUCAUGUUCAGUAUUGGCUAUUUGAUUAUGUUACUACUUACUAGUUCAGUAAUGUUGAUUCAGCA